CGCCCAUCAUACAUCAUCUCAAAGAAUCGGACUUUUAAAAUUUUCGCCUGGAGAAUGGCAUUAAACUGUGGCAGGGCAUGUGGGACAAUCGAGCACCGGGUGCUCCAUGUUUCACCGCGCCCGUGAAGCCCAAGGUCCGCAACUUGCUGUGCGCACCCACGCCAAAGGGUUCGACGGAUGUGUUUCAGGGUCGCAAGCGUUUGCUGGGACCCGACGCCAUGUCGCCCAAGGCGGACUCGCCGCAAAGUGGUCUCAUUGACUACGGCCCGCAGGAUGAGGAGGUGAGCUAGUCGCAGGUUAUCAGUUUGAUUACCGCACCGCAGCUCAUGGAUAACUCUUUCUUCACGUCCAUUUUAGGCUGAUGCCAGUUUGCUACAGAAGCAACAGCAGUAAUCGCAAAGCCGUCGGGGCAGUGAACAAUCAAUGAACACACGUGACAAAGAGAAGCCACUAUCCACCAAGAGAGACGCAGCGCUGAAAAAGAAUCGGAAACUGAUAAAUCUGAGAGUACCAAGGCGGAUGUCUCGGCUGCCACCUUUCUGGAUGUGGCCGUACUCAGGUGCCUCUUCAUCUCGCACUGGCUGAAGGAAGGCAUCUUCUGGAGCUUACAGUACCUUUACAACAGACUCAGCGAAAUUGGCGAGGAUGCAGCCAUCACAUCGAAUCAGCCACGAAAACGCU